CAGAUAUAGCAACACGGCAGUGCAGUAGGUGUGAGAGAGAUAGACAGCGGCCUCAAAUAACACCCGUAACUAUAUCAUUGACUGAACGAGGUCACAUCGGAACCCUGCGAUUGGAAUAAUAUUUUAGUACAUCUUGGUAGUGUUGCCAGCUCCAGCUGAUGUGACAGUGCUUUGGUUUGGGCACCACAGUCCUGCCUUCCUGUCCUGAAGCCCUCUGAUCCACCAUGGGGAAUGAGAACAGCGUCAUCGAGCCUGAAGCACCGGCUGAAGUCCACGCCGAUAGAAUCGACCAGAACGGAGAAAAGAACACAGCAGAUAACAUAGUGGUCUGUACCAAGCCUCCAGCCUCAACCACAGAACAGGGGCUCGACCCCUUACAGGACGUCCCAGGGAGGAACACUGAGGAAGAGGAGGAGAAGAGGAGGAGAGAUGAAGACGAGGAUCUAGAGUUCCCUCACGACUUUCUGCCCAGCACAGACCUCAGCCUUGAACUCCACUGGGGGACUUCACUUGGAACAGAGAUUAAGAGAGAUCAGGAGAGCCUGAGUGAUUCAGUGAGCCCCCUGCUGGCUGGUCUGCAACAUCACAUGGACGGCAGCACACAACUGUUGGCUGUGCAGAAGAGGCAUCCCGGCCAUGCUGACCUAGUUCCCACAGACAUCCGUACCCCUCCUUCCCCCAAACCUACUGCCAAGCCCAUGGAGGAUGCCCUAUCCCCACCCCUUCUGCCCCCGUCUCCAGCUCUGUCCCUGGAGAGGGUCCCAGCCCUGCCGAUUGCCCCGCCCGUUGAAGGUGCCCCAUUCCUGUGCCCACCCCUCCCAGCACUAUCUUCCCUACCGUUGUCCCAAGCCCAGUCUACUAGUAUGCCCAUGCAGAGUGCUCCACCUCUCACACCUCUGUCCCCUGCCAUGCAGCUUGAGGAGGAGCUGCUCCAGGCCUUCCAGGAAUACGAGGAACAAAUGGCCUCUCUGAGCAUACCAAACCUCCGUGUCUCUGAGGCCAGUGGUCAAUGCCCACCUGUGGGCCUUCUGCCCAAAUAUUCAGUCCACUAUGAGGAAGAGGAAGGAAGAAGGGAUACGGGAGGAGGAGUGACUGUUACUGUUCCCAAGGACGAAGAGUCAUCUUCUCCAUCGCCACGGAUACGACCACCACCUCCCCUACUUGUGAUCCAGCCAGGAUACCGUGGCAACGACAACAACGACGACGGUGAAAAUGGCAACGAGGAAGCACAGCGUGGAAACAGUGACACAUCAACAAGUCAGAGGGUCACAGCCUAUACCGAAGGGUUCAGUUUCAGAAGUUACCUCCUGGGAAAUAAUAAGAAACCAGUUGAAGAGAGCGCAGCCAAAGAGGCUGAACAAGAGGAAAGCACAUUACAACUGUUUGAGAGAAUGGCUAGAGAGGCAGAGGCAGAGAUUCACUCCAAAAAAAAGGCAGAUGCACUGAAGGAAACAGACACUCAGAUGCAAUUGGACUCGACAACAGAUGCAUAUUUAUUUAAAGAGACCCUGAUAAGUCCAGAGUCUGUGGAGCAGAGAGAGCAGGCAGAGAGAGCAGAGCUACUGAUAGGUCUAGUAGUAGGGCCUAAAACAGACCAGCUGACAGCGCAAAAAAACUCAGAAGAGACUAAGGCAGACUCACAGGCACAGUCCAAGCAGGCACAGUCCAAGCAGGCACAGUCCAAGCAGGCUGAGUCCAAGCAGAUAGAGUCAACACUACAUUAUGAUAUCAAGUUAGGCAUGGAGAAAAAGACAAACUCACAGAAAAAGAAGAGGAAAAAGAAAACAGGCAAAGUCUCAGAGUCACAGACAGAGUCAAAGCUAGAGACACAGACAGAGUCAAAGCUAGAGACACAGACAGAGUCACAGACAGAGUCAAAGCCAGAGUCAAAGCCAGAGUCACAGACAGAGUCAAAGCUAGAGUCAAAGCUAGAGAAACAGACAGAGUCAAAGCUAGAGACACAGACAGAGUCAAAGCCAGAGUCACAGACAGAGUCAAAGCCAGAGUCAAAGCUAGAGAUAGAGACAGAGUCAAAGUCAAAGCCAGAGCAAGAGUCACAGACAGAGUCAAAGCCAGAGUCAAAGCUAGAGUCAAAGACAGACAGAGUCAAAGCUAGAGUCAAAGUCACAGACAGAGUCAAAGCCAGAGUCAAAGCUAGAGACACAGCCAGAACAGAGACAGAGACAAAGCCAGAGACAAAGCCGGAGACAAUGCCGGAGACACAGACGGAGACAGAGACACAGACAGAGUCAAAGCCAGAGUCACAGACAGAGUCAAAGCUAGAGACAGAGACAGAGUCAAAGCUAGAGUCAAAGCUAGACACACAGACAGAGUCAAAGCUAGCGACACAGACAGAGUCAAAGCUAGCAUCAAAGCUAGAGAAACAGACAGAGUCAAAGCUAGAGUCAAAGCUAGACACACAGACCGAGUCAAAGCCAGAGUCAAAGCUAGAGACACAGACAGACACACAGACAGAGUCAAAGCUAGCGACACAGACAGAGUCAAAGCUAGCAUCAAAGCUAGAGAAACAGACAGAGUCAAAGCUAGAGUCAAAGCUAGACACACAGACCGAGUCAAAGCCAGAGUCAAAGCUAGAGACACAGACAGAGUCAAAGCUAGAGACACAGACAGAGGUAAAGCUAGAGUCAAAGCUAGACACACAGACAAAGACACAGACAGAGACAGAGACAAAGCCAGAGACAAAGCCGGAGACAAUGCCGGAGACACAGACGGAGACAGAGACACAGACAGAGUCAAAGCCAGAGUCACCGACAGAGUCAAAGCUAGAGUCAAAGCUAGACACACAGACAGAGUCAAAGCUAGCGUCAAAGCUAGAGACACAGACAGAGUCAAAGCCAGACACACAGACAAAACUAGAGACACAGACAGAGUCAAAGCCAGAGUCAAAGCUAGAGACACAGACAGAGCCAAAGCCAGACUCAAAGUUGGAGACACAGACAGAGUCAAAGCUAGAGUCAAAGCUAGAGUCAAAGCUGGAGACACAGACAGAGUCAAAGCUCGAGAAACAGAAAGAGACAGAGUCAAAGCCAGAGACACAUACACAGAAAGAGUCAAAGCUAGAGACACAGACAGAGACAAAUACAGAGUCAAAGCCAGAGACACAAACAGAGACAAAGCCAAAGAUGCAGAAAGAGACACCUACAGAGACAAAGCCAAAGCCAAAGACAGAGACAAAGCCAAAGCCAAAGACACAGACAGAGACAGAGACAAAGCCAGAGACAAAGCCGGAGACAAUGCCGGAGACACAG